GUAUAUUUUCUUGGUUUUUCAAAUAAAGAUAUAAUAGUGCUAAAAGUCAGUAUUGGCUAACUUUUCGAAGGAAUGAUAUUCGAACUUAAAAUUUUGGGGUUGGUGGUUUUCGACAUUGUUGCGUUGAAUGAGCAAAAAACAUCAAAAAAAAUUUUUUACCCAGUGCCUCGUAUAUUGGAAUGAUACUCGAUGAGUUCAUGGAAGCUCUCUUGAGUUACUCUUUUAAUGUUUAUUUUAAAAUUACAGAAGAUAAAAAAAAUAGAACAUCAUUAUUGGAGUUUGAAAUGAAUAAAAGAAAAUUUCCAUUAUGAAACCUUCUUUAUUGUACGGCUCUUCUAAAGGGUUUGUGUUUUCUCUAGAGAACCUUUGUAAGUUUAAUAAAAUAUCAUCAUAGAAGAACAAUAUUCUAUUGCAUCUUUUCCUUUUGACAAAAGCUACUCAAGUACUUUAUUUGACAGAAAAUUUUGAUUAAAACAAGUUUUACUAGUUUGCAAGUUAUUCUUCUUUUUUUGUGAAACACGGUCUGAAAAGAAUGCUGAAGUAUAGAGCCAUACAUUCGAUAUCUCCAGAUCCUUUCAUGUCUGUAGAAUUAGGUAAAAGGAUGGUGAAGCAAUGUUUCACAGAAGAUAGGUUAAAGUAAUUUCCUGUCGUUAGCAAGUGCAGCUACAUCGUGUUUCACAUUUUAAUCCAGCAGAGGUUGUGCUAACAGCUUUCUAUCAUAUAUUACAGUUGAAUCAUAAUAAUAUUUUACAAGAAAUAAAUAAAACUUUUUAAAAUAAUAUCUUUCACUAGUAAUCUAUGUGAAUAUAAAUCAAAUAUUAUUCAAAGAUUAAAACCUUUGAUAAGGUCGACGCAUUUUUUUAUGACUUAUGACUGUAAUUCAAUGACAAAAUUGAGCCAUUUUUACGUUACAUUAUCAAAAAAUAUGUAAUUAAUUUGAUAUAUAAUAGAGGUGGUGUUGCCUUAUGUCUCAGUAAUCAAGGCCGUCGUAAUGGUGAAGCAUUAGUUCGUUUUUCAACAGUCGACCAUCGAGAAUUAGCUCUACGUCGACAUAAACAUCAUAUUGGACAACGUUAUAUUGAAGUAUAUAAAGCAUCCGGACGUGAUUUCCUGAAUGUUGCUGGAGGAUCAAAUUCGGAAGCUCAUGCAUUUUUACAACGUGAUGGACAAGUUAUUAUUCGUAUGCGUGGUUUACCAUUUGAUGCUACUGCUAAAGAUGUGAUCGAAUUUUUUACUCGUGGUGAUCAACCAACUAAUAUAAUUGAUGGUGAACAAGGUGUUUUAUUUGUUCAUUAUCCAGAUGGACGUAGUACAGGUGAUGCUUUCGUUAUGUUUAAAACUGAACAUGAAGCAUCACAAGCUCUACUUAAACAUAAAGAAACAAUGGGUACAAGAUAUAUUGAAUUAUUUCGUAGUACAACAGCAGAAGUACAACAAGUAUUUCGACGCAGUCAAGAUCCAAAAAAUUUUCAAACAUCAUUAAAAGACAUUCCAUUUGCACCAUUACCUAUGUUACCACCAGAAAUGUUAACAGGUGGAAAUAAAAAAGAUUGUAUUCGAGUUAGAAAUUUACCAAUAGAUUGUGGUAUUGAACAAAUUUUAGAAUUUCUCGGUAUUCAUUCUCAACAUAUUGUUGCACAUGGAGUUCAUAUGGUUUAUAAUUCACAUGGUCAACCAUCAGGUGAAGCAUUUAUUCAAAUGAAUUCUGAAGGAGCUUCAUUCAAUGCAGCAACACAUAAAAAUAAUAAAUAUAUGUUUUAUAAUGGUAAAAAACGAUAUAUUGAAGUACUUCAAUGUUCAGGUGAAGAUAUGAAUCAUAUAUUACUUGGUCUUGUACCAUCAAAUUUAAUUCCAACAAAUGUUCAACCACAAAUAAUUUAUCCAUCUCAUCGAACUACACCAAUUGUACCUAUAUCAACAUUACAAUCACAAAUGCUUCCAUCAACAAUACCAAUGUCUUUAACGACUUCAUCUCAAUCAUCAACAAUAUCAAAUAUUCCUCUAUCAUCAAUACAAUCUUCAACAUCAUCGACUUCAUUAGUUACUGUUCCUACUAUGAAUGGAUUUCAUCCAAAUACUACUUAUUAUCCUAUGCAAAUUUUUUACUAUCCAACACCACCUAUGUCACAAUCAAUUUAUUUACAAACUGGACAAAUCCCUACAACACCUAUGACACUUGUUUUACGUGGAGAUACUGGUCAAUAUUAA